AUGUCCAUGCUGCCCACUUUUGGCUUCACCCAGGAGCAAGUGGCUUGCGUGUGUGAGGUGCUCCAGCAAGGGGGGAACAUCGAGAGGCUGGGCCGCUUCCUCUGGUCGCUGCCGGCUUGCGAGCACCUUCACAAGAACGAGAGCGUCCUGAAGGCCAAGGCCGUGGUGGCUUUCCACCGAGGCAACUUCCGCGAGCUCUACAAGAUCCUGGAGAGCCACCAGUUCUCGGCGCACAACCACCCCAAGCUGCAGCAGCUCUGGCUCAAGGCGCACUACAUCGAGGCCGAGAAGCUGCGGGGGCGACCCCUAGGGGCAGUCGGCAAGUACCGGGUCCGCCGCAAGUUCCCCUUGCCCCGCUCCAUCUGGGAUGGCGAGGAGACCAGCUAUUGCUUCAAGGAGAAGAGCCGGAGCGUCCUGCGGGAAUGGUACGCCCAUAACCCUUAUCCGUCCCCCAGGGAGAAGAGGGAACUGGCCGAGGCCACCGGGCUCACCACCACCCAAGUCAGCAACUGGUUCAAAAACCGGAGGCAGCGGGACCGGGCGGCGGAGGCCAAAGAAAGGGAAAACAAUGAAAAUUCCAGUUCCAAUGGCCACAAUCAACUUUCUUCCUCUCUCAAUGGCAAUAAGACAGUUUUGGGCAGUUCCGAAGAUGAGAAAACUCCUUCUGGCACCCCGGACCAUCAUUCCUCCUCCAGCCCUGCCUUACUUCUCAAUUCAAACCCAGGCUUACAGCCUCUCCACAGCUUGGGCCAUCCUCAGGGUCCUAGUGCCAUUCCAGUUCCCAGCGCGGACCCUCUGCAUCAUCACAGUUUGCAAGACUCCAUCCUCAACUCCAUGUCAUCAAAUCUGGUCGAUCUCGGCUCUUAAAAAUAUUUGCUAAACUUACCAUGCUCUCUGAACUCAGGCUCUCUCCAUCUGGGUUGUCCUCUUCUUAUUUUCCCCCCUUCCCCCCCCCCUACUUAAUUCCUCUGCUCCACAAACCAAGGAUCUGAAACCUUGGAAGGAUCUAUAAAAUGGAUCCGUUGUUUCACUUUGGAUCAAUUGCCGAGCAGCUGACUGUUACCUUAUCUGGAGCAUACUGUAAAUUCAGAAACGUUGUAAGCUGCCCAGUGACUUAAAUCUUAAGAGGAUGUGGUGAAACUCAAAAGUGGAGGACAAACAUUACUUAGGAUGGAGGAAGUGAAGGAGGGAUGGGGUGGAAGUUGGUGUAAGAGCUGUUCCUUUGACAGAAUGAAGGCCAGGAAUCUCAGCCCACACAAUCUCUUGUACGAGGGAUCCGGCCCACAGUUGGAUUUCAACUUCUUAACAUGCCUCUGUAAAUGUGCCUCAACCUGAUCUGCAGGGAUCAAUUCACGAAGCUAUUGAGAACUGAAGGGCUGAAGCCAAAGCUCCAUCAAUUGCAGCAGGAUAUUGGGAAGCAAUACUUCUUCCCUAUGGUUGCUCCCACCACCAACCAUGGUAUACUGCUUCUAAAUCUGGGAGGCUUUAGUAACUGGGCAGCGCUGAUAGUUUUAUCUGCCAUGAAUUUGUUAAACCUUAAAUCCAUUUUUAUUUUUUCUUGCUUGUGGCAGUAAUCACUUGUCCAUGUAAUCGCAGAAAUGUUAAUGAAAGACUCCUGUCCAAGGCAGACGCUUCUUCCCAGUCAGGCUGAGAGCAGGCUGCUGGGAUUUCUAACUCAGUGACAUCUGGAGGGGGCCACGGAGAGGCCACGCUACUUUCAUCAGAUGCAGAGGCUACUUCACAAAUUGAUGGUUCCACCAGGCUUACAGUGUACUGCACUUGGAAGUAAGGAAGCCAUUGGGACUCUUGCAAAGAAUGGGAUUGUUUGCUUAUUUCCGGGAUCAGAGUAAUAGGGCAACAUUUUGUUUUCAUCCCAGAGCCAAUCUCUUUCCUUUUUGGAGAAUUCAUCUAGCUUAUGGACAGUUUAUGAAAUGCCUUUUCUUGUAGGGCAGAAUCAAAGGGCCUGAUAGAGAAAAGUAAGAGUAUAACAUGGUGCAGUGGUUAGAGUAGAGGACUAGGACAGGGUGAGUCAGGUUCAGAUCCUUACCCAGGCAUGAAGCGCACUGGAUAACUUUGGGCCAGUCACACACUCUUAGCCAGCCUUCCUCGCAAGGUUGUUGUGAGGAUAACGUGGGAGUAUCCUAUAUGCUCCUUUUGAGGGUUUCGGGGACAAAUGAGAUAUAAAUGAUAUAAACAGAGAAGCCACACCUCUUAACUUAUUUGAAGAGAAAAAAACAUUUAUGAUCAUUGUACUAUAUGCCAAUGCUAGCUAUUCAAACGCUGUAAUUAGCCACCAGUUUAUAAAAAGCUGCUGGCUUCUAAGCAUGACCUCCUCCAGAUAAUACGACCCUCCCUUGUAAGCUGAUGCUAUGCAAAGCACAUGAACCCUGAUUGAAGGGAAGAGGGAAAUGGGCUCCUUUUGCCUUGUAUAUUUCCCUACCCCCACCCACCCCAAAUAUUUAGGUGGGGAGGACAAGGCAACAUCCACAAAUCACUCAAGCCAGAUAUCUUGCCUCUAUCUGAUCCAGUAGCUACACAAAGGUGAAACUUGGGUCAGCUACUUGACACUUACAAACAUCUUCCGCCUCAGUUCUUUCAUCUGCAACAUGGGAACAAGGGCGAUUUCCCCCAGAAGUUCCU